CAAGAAGCCGAAGAGGGUAAAAACUAAAAAGGAAAUUGAAGCCACCCUUUGGAGCUCUAGAAUAUAACAUUCAAAACAAGGCUGCGUUUGUCAGCCAAAUCCCUUAAUCCCCCCUUAUUCAUCUUCUUCACGACACAAUCAAUCAAUCAGCAACAAACAACAUGGUCGCAAAUGGUGCAGUUUCAGUCUCACUGGACAGUGUUCGAGACAAGAACCUAAUGCAGUUGAAAAAACUCAACUCCGUUCUGUUUCCUGUUCGAUACAACGAUAAGUAUUACGCAGAUGCUCUUGCAUCCCACCACUUCACUAAGCUAGCAUAUUACAGUGACAUCUGUGUUGGCUCAAUUGCAUGCCGACUUGAGAAGAAGGAAGACGGGGCUAUUCGCGUAUACAUAAUGACAUUAGGUGUUUUAGCACCUUAUCGUGGCCUAGGUAUCGGUACAAAGCUGUUAAAUCAUGUUAUUGAUCUAAGCAGCAAGGAGAAUAUUGGUGAGAUCUACUUGCAUGUGCAGACAAACAAUGAAGACGCCAUAAACUUUUACAAGAAAUUUGGGUUUGAAAUCACGGAAACGAUCAAGAAUUAUUAUGCACGCAUUAUUCCACCAGACUGCUAUGUGGUUACAAAGUACGUUGGGCAGCCUCAAUCCGAGAAAUAAUGGAAUUCACAAAUAAGAUGGAGAUCUGGAGUUGGGUAUUGAGUUAUUGUCAAUUGGACACUGAUUUAUGGAUGCUAAUUGUCAAACUGAUUUAUGGAUAUGCUAAUUGUUAAUAUCUGGUUUGUUUUGUCUUUUGA